AUGUAUCAGGGCUGGCUAAGAGGGUGGAAGAGAGAAAAAAGGAACAUCGGGAAUUGGCGCGCUAGACUAUCAUGUGGAACGCAUCGCAUCACAACAUGGCUUACCAGUGGAGACGGUGUUGGAGAGGUGGCUGGAGAAGCGGCAACAUUACUUGACCGUCUCCUGCACCAAGGCCUACUCCUGGGCCAUUAUCCCGUAUAUGAGACCCUCCUACACAAAACCGUCCCACUUCCCCCCUGGAGGUCGAACUUCAAUGCAGAAGGAGAGCUGUUACCAGGAGGUAGACACAAUGUCGAUGAACUUAUUCCAUGGAUCUCCCACAUCACACAGAGUUCGCAAAGUACUGAUAUUGCUGCCCUUGGGGAGAAUGAGGUCGAAGUAGAUGAGCUUCUCGCGUCUCAAGGAACACUACACUGUAAGCUGGAUGCUUACAUGACGCACCUCGAUGACGCAACUAAACAUCCUAUGACGCACGUCCGAUCUGAGUGUUGGUCGUCGACAGAGACGUCCUUACAUACACAAGAGUUGGAACCGUCGGAGGCUUCGAGGAGGCUCGGGUGGAUAGUGCGCGAGCCUCUGCACAGGAGGGCAAGCUUCACUGAGGAGACAGUGUACCUCCGCAUCAAUGUUGAGAGGGUCACAAACACCUAUAAGGGAUUUGGAACAUUGAAGUAUCCAAUCAGCCACUGCCCACCUACAACGUAUCUCACAAAGUGGAUCCGAUACAAUGGUCAACUAGCUAGUGAUGAGCGGUGGAAAGAGAGAGUAAUCAUGGGUACCGUAUUACUAACUUUAGCUGCCUUUGUCGCACAGACCAGUUGGACUCGUCGACAGGCUAUUGCAGAAAUGUCGAGUCAUAGAUGGCCUUCCCAUCCAGGCAAAAAGUCAGGGAAUGACGAUGACGCUCUUGCUGUAGACCAAGAAGAUGGAUCGUACCCAACGUUGUACUCUAUCUAG